GUCACCACCUACUCAAAGGUGAAAGGUAAGACAGAAUCGCGGAAGUGAGCAUUUCCACAUGCAAGGAGUAGCUGGGUCUUUUUCUGGGGAACAACAUGUCUAUGGCUGAAUUUGAAAAGGCUGCCGAUGAGGUGAGGAGGCUGACGGUACAACCUAGCUACGCUGAACUAGCAGUAGUAUAUGGUUUGUACAAGCAGGCGACACUCGGCAACGUCAAUACGAAGCGUCCGGGAAUAUUUGACUUCCAAGGAAAAUCUAAAUGGGAUGGUUGGAAAGCACAGGAAGGAAAGUCCAAAGAAGAUGCCAUAAAAGAAUAUAUUGCCUUUGUGGAAGAAAUGAAAGCAAAGUACCCAAUGUAGAGGUUAUCUUAAGGAUAUUAGUGCACGUUUUUCUUUGAAGAACCAUUUUAUAAUUAAGGAAUAAGGCCCGAGGGGGUGUGGUAUAUGGCCUCCACUUUGCGUCGUGC